AGUUAUGAUGAUGAUCUCCUGUUGUACAAAUUAACGCUGAACUAGAUUUGAAAAGAGUGCGUAACUCAAUGACGGGAGAGUGUUUUAAAAGUGAAAUAGUUCAGGCCUGCUAAAAGCGAAACUACAGAUUGUCUGUAAAAGAGUAUCACGAUGUCUACAGACGAUGACUUGUACUGUUCUAUUUGUCGGGAGCUUUUUAAAGACGCAGUAACGCUGAUCUGUUGUCACGACUUCUGCCAAGAAUGCAUCGAUCGGUACUGGGACAAUGAUGAUAUUCCCAGUUGUCCCGAGUGCCGCCAGGAGUUCCCUCGGCGAGCAUACGGACCCAACUAUCGGCUCAGACGGUUGGUGGAAAAAGAGCGGAUGAGGACGCCCCCGUUUUGCCAGGCGCAUUCUACUGUUGCGGUGAAGUACUUCUGUAUGGUGGAUUCGAGCCUGCGUUGUGAUAGUUGUUUGCAGGAUGUAGUCAGUUCGCAUUCCGAUGGCUGCUGUCUACCCGUGCAGGCUGCACUGGAAAAAUAUACGAACUCCUUGCAGUCGUCUCUUCGUCCUUUACAAUCCCGUCAAGAACUGCUGAACAAGCUGCAUAAUCAACAGUCUGAGAACCUGUCAUGGCUUAAAAAAAAUGCUACGAUCCUAAGAGAAGAGAUUUCUUCCGAGUUUGCGAAGCUUCACCACUUCUUGAAUGAACGGGAGCAACAGCUUCUUCACCAGCUUACAGAGAAAGAGAGAGAUGUACAGCAGAAAAUGAUGGCGACACUGGAAACACUGAAGGAGGCGCUGGUCUCCGCUGAGACAGCUGUCUCAGAACUGAAGUCAAGAAUGAUUCCACAGAAUGUGGAUACCUUCAGUUUUCUUUCGGGAAUCAAAGACUUUUCUGACACGUCCUGUAGUGAGAGGUUGCAGGUAAACCAUAAGCUGACAUGUGGUUUGGUGUCAAAUGCAGAGUUUCUGGGAGAAUUCCGAGGUCCUUUACUGUAUGCUACCUGGAAAGAAAUGAAAUCUGUUGUCUCCCCAGUACCAUCUUGUGUAACCUUGGAUGAGAAGACUGCACAGCGAAACCUUAAAUUAACAGAUGAUCGGACCGGUGUAGAGCUCAGCUAUGUAAAACAACAGGUCCCUGACCUUCCUGAAAGGUUUUACCCUUGCAUCUGUGUGCUUGGGUCCCAGGGAUACACUUCGGGAAAGCACUACUGGGAGGUAGAAGUGGGAAGUAAGAAUGAAUGGACAAUAGGUGUGGCCAAAGAGUCUGUAAGUCGUAAAGGAGAUGUUACCAUAUCAACAGACACCGGUUACUGGGCCAUAUGGCUAAGAAAUGGAAAAGAAUAUGGUGCUCUUGAGUCUGAACUUGUACCUCUCCAUUUGAAAAUUAAGCCUGAAAGGAUUGGUGUAUAUGUAGACUAUGAGGGAGGACAGGUUUCUUUUUACAAUGCCAAUAACAGUUCCCAUAUCUAUACAUUUACUAGCACUUUCAGGGAGAAGCUGUACCCAGUUUUAAGUCCUGGUGUCCAUGCAAAGGGCACACCUUCUCAAUGUCUGAAGUUUUGUCACUUCAACCUAUAAGCUUUGUACAGUGGAGAAGCAUUUAUGUUUGUAGGUAAAUAAAUUAGUUCUAGGGUAACUGCUCUUGUGAGUCAUUUUAAGCCUAGCCAACUACCACCAGUUACCACCUAUCCUUUUCACAGGGGAGUCCUAAUAUGGACAUUUGUGUCCUAUGGGAAAAUGACAAAUGGAAAAUAUACUUUAGCUGAAGAAAUAAUUUCAAAUUUUUCCACAAAAAGUUAUAAUACUACAUCUGAAAGACAUUAGUGUGAUACAAAACAAUAGGAACAACUAGAAUUUUACAGCUGUGAUGUGUUGUUUUAUUUGCUUAACUGCUGAGAUCUAUUGUUUUGGUAAUAAAACGAAAAUGUGUUUUGCACUAGCUGUGAGAUAUGAGCUAUCCUGCAAAAUUUUGCUUUCCUUAUGAAAUUGUCACGCUUUGGACAUCUGAAAAGGUGUUAACUCUUAAGAAUAAUUGAUUCAGUAUAACACAGCAGAAAAGUUAAAAAGUACAGUCACUGACAUUUAAAGUGCCAGUCUUAACUUUGUUAUCUUGAUAUUUACAAAUGUAUAGCAAUAAAAGGUGCUUUGUGAGAGUAAAUGCCUGAUCAAAUUAUAUUUCACAAUGAAACUUUGUUUAAAUGAAGUGUUUCUUGCAUACCGUAUUCACAGUAAAUAUGAGACUGAUUUUAAAUUACAUUUUUUAAAUUGUACAGAUUUUUUUCAAUGUAUUUCUUCUGUCAAGUUGCCUUUUUAGCUGUUUAUAUAUGUACUGAUUUGGCUGUUCAAAUAAAAAAAUAUAUGUAGCUGACUGUACAUAUGGACUUUUACUAAUUAUUUGAAUUUUUUCUGACAAUGUGUAGGUCUCAUUGACUGAUUGAUCUGUAUAUUAAUGACAUGGUUAUAGUAAAUGUGUGCAAAUGUAGAGGUGUGGCAAGUGCCUAAAAGAGUCCGAAAUCUGGCAAUAUUUCAUUUCCACUCUAAUAAACAAUUUCUAUUGUA